AUGAAUCAUUUCAUAAUAUUUUUUAUUUUUACUAUCCUAUUUUUCGUUGAAACAGCUUCGAAGAUCAUCAUGGGCGGUAUGGACGGAUUUCGCAUCACCGAUUCUACCACAACAACCCUAUCUUCUUAAAUAAAAUGUGUUUUUCA